CUGAAAUGCAUCCCCGUCCACCAGUUGUUGCAUCCUCUCUUUUGGGAAAAAGGGGGAUCGAGACCAGGGGAAAAAAUAGAGUCUGGGUGGGCGGCGGCGGCGGUGAAGCUCUCCGAUUUGCGGCGGCGCGGGCAUGGCUAUGGAUUUCCCGGUCUCGCCAGUUGACAAGCUGCCAAUCUUCACCAACGAGGCGGCAAGCGCUGCGGCGCUAAUGGAGUUGAUUGGUCCCUGGGGGCGCGGAGACGAUGUAUCGGCCAAUGGAUCCAGGGGGGCUGUGGGCGGUGGAUUUGGUCAAGGGUCAUAUGGGCAGAUGUUGAAUGGUGCGGCGUGCAGCGAGGAGAGAACUGUAGCUGGUGGUGGUGCCGCCAUGUCCGGGUUCAGCGAGAGCGAGGGUGACAAUGGAGAAGCUCUUGAUGAGGCGGAGGGGGAAGCACACUUUGAUGGAGACCAAGAGGAUGUGAUUCAGGAUCAAACUGAUAGUGCUGAUGGAUGUUCUGCUCAAUCUACAGGCAAUGUGGAUCCGCAACCACCUGGCUGGACAAAAAGAGUAAGAGUCGGCAAUCAACCGCCAGACAGGGCUCCAUGCCCGGAAAGGGUAGGCGCUGAUGCAGUUUCCUCAUAGUCCACUGGCAAGAUGGAUCCGCAAGCGCGAGGGUGGACUAAAAGGGUUAGAGAUGGGUAAGCAUCCACCGUACAGGACGGGGUGGAUCGGUGCACUGGAGCAAACAAUCGCGGGGGAAUGUGGAUAACUUGGGAGAGCAUGUUUGGGAGCGGAUCAUACACAGCGGGGAGUGUGCUGCUGCAGCCUGCUAUGCUAGAUGCAGGGGUGAACAUCCCAUGCAGACCAGCAUCUGGUUCACAGGUAGGAGGGCGGCCAGUGUGGCGGCAGAAAUCUGCGGCAGCCCUACGGUAAGUGGGAGUGAAGCCGACAAUGGAUACGUCGCCUCUGCCACUGGAGUUGGAGAUGUGGUGGACGGCGACCAGCUAGAAGUGAUUCACGAGCGCGGCGAGAGUGAAGAUGCAGCAUCAGCACAAUCAACGGGAAAGAUUGAUCCGCGAGCACUUGGGUGGACGAGAGGUAUCAGUAAUCUAUAUCUGGUAGGCUGUAAAUACUCUAAAUGUGGAGGUUGUUGAUUAUGCCUGAAUGAGUGAAUAAUAGUGAAUGGUUGUGGUCGAAGCUGACAUAGUGGAAGAUCAGUGUAGAUGCCGAUAGCUUGAAGGGAGUGGUGGUAUAGUUCAGUUGAAAAUUCAUGAAAUCUCUGAAUAAUAAACAUGUCUGAAAAUACAGAAACACAAUAAUUUUUAGGUGUGUCAUGCUUGCUACGCAGCUGUUUUGAAAAAAUGAGUCUAAUUUUAGAAUUGAAAAGAUGGGUACCUUCAGUUGGUGUAGAUUUCGCAGAAUAUGGAUUGAGUCCGGAUGUGUGCGGCAAUUUUGGUAGCUACCUGACUGUACUCAAUAGUCGUCAGGACGGCCGCAAGACGGCGCAGGUAACGGCGACAUGGCACAUGAGGGCGUCUCUCCGUCUGGACCAACGGCUAUGAGACGCAUGUGGGUGCAUUAAAUGUCAGCAGUGGUGCAGCUUUGCAGUGUUCCAUAAAUCAAUCGAUGCUACCGAAUACACUCAGUAUACAACACCUGUCUUGCAUCACGAGAACUUGUGUGGUCCAGAUUUUAGGAGCAAAUACACACGAGAGGCGAAUUGCAUUUCCGGACUUGACCACUGUUUGCUGGACUGUUGCAGCUAUUCAAGGUUUUUUUGCUCACCAGUUAUGUGCUUCCGCACUAAUCAUGAGUGAAUCAUUUGUUUCUUCUGAUUGAGCUAAACAAUGUAUGCUUUCCUCCCAAGAA